GGCCGGCGCGCGGCUGGAGCUGCACGAGCCGCCGCCGGAGCCGCCGCAGCCCGAGCUCGCCUUCGGCGAGGCUCAGAAGUGGAUCGAGCAAGUGACAGGCAGAAGUUUUGGUGAGAAAGAUUUUCGUUCCGGAUUAGAAAACGGGAUUCUUCUGUGUGAGUUGCUGAAUGCAAUAAAACCAGGACUGGUAAAAAAGAUCAAUAGACUGCCGACCCCCAUUGCAGGUUUGGAUAAUAUCAUCUUAUUCCUGAGAGGCUGCAAAGAGCUGGGGCUUAAAGAAUCUCAGCUCUUUGAUCCGRGUGACCUUCAGGACACAUCAAACAGAGUAACCGUCAAGAACAUUGACUAUAGUAGGAAGCUGAAAAAUGUAUUAGUCACCAUUUACUGGCUAGGGAAAGCGGCAAACAGCUGCACCUCAUAUAGUGGAUCAACCCUGAACCUGAAGGAGUUUGAAGGUUUGCUGGCACAGAUGAGAAAGGAGACGGAGGAGAUCGAGAGCCCCAAGCGCAGCAUUCGGGACAGCGGCUACAUAGACUGCUGGGACUCGGAGCGCAGCGAUUCCCUCUCGCCGCCGCGCCACGGCAGGGAUGACUCCUUCGACAGCCUGGACUCCUUUGGAUCCCGCUCGCAGCAGACGCCCUCCCCAGAUGUAGUGCUCCGAGGGAGCAGUGAUGGGAGAGGAAGUGACUCUGAGACUGACCUGCCACACAGAAAGAUGCCGGAUGUGAAAAAAGAUGAUAUGUCUGCAAGGCGGACCUCCCAUGGGGAACCUAAAUCAGCUGUGCCUUUUAACCAGUACCUCCCAAACAAGAGUAAUCAGACUUUCUAUGUCCCCGCUCCGCUUCGGAAAAAGAAGGCUGAACGGGAGGAGUAUCGGAAGAGUUGGAGCACUGCAACGUCGCCCCUCGGAGACAGGCCAUUCAGCAAAACCCACCCAGAAACCAUAGAGGAAGAACUGACCGAAGCAUCGGGACCCUGUGAAAAGGAGGGAGUGGGCUCCGUGCCUCUGGAGACAAGCCCCACUCAGAAUGAAGUAGGUUUGAAUCAAAGCAAAGAAAGCUCCAUAGGCAACUCUGCUGCGUGUAGUGCUAAAGAAACACCAGCGUCCAAAGGGAAAGAUGAGGAAGAGCUCAGAAAAUUAAGAAGACUUGAACAAGCUGGCAUCAAGGUGAUGUCAGCAGCGCAGCGCUACGGCAGUAAAAAGCAAACGUGCGGAGACAGCGGCAGCCCCCCAGACAUCAUCCUUCGCAGGGACAACCCCUUCAUGACGCUUUACCAGGGGAAGGAUUCGGGCUCCGAAGAUGAAGCAGCCAGCAGAGUUCCUGAUUUAGAAAAGGAUGAUUUUGCCACUCGGAGAGCCAGAAUGAAUCAGCCCAAACAACCGGUGCCAUUUAACGCUUUUUUAAUUGGACCCUAUAUAAAUAAAGAUAAAGGUAAACUGGAAGACAUUAAAAAGCCAUUGCAGAUGGAAAAACAGGAACAUGCAAGAGGAAGCCAGAUGCACAUGGCAUCGGCAAGGCAAAUAGUGACACACACAGAGAGCUCAUUUCUGCAAGCUAAGAAGAGUGAGUCCAAGGAGGAAGAGGAAGGCAAAGCGCCUGAUACUGAGCGAGCUGAUCUGGCUAAGCGGAAAUCUCAGAGCACCCUUCCUCAGCAACGAGAAGAUGCAUUUGUGAAUGCCUCUAUAAUAAAACCAGAUCUGAAGACCUGGAAAAGACUGAAAUUGCUGGAGGAGUCCAGUGAAGAAGAUUUUGAAUGUCCCUCUGACACUUGGCCAUCGGCUGAAAUCACAGUGAAAGCAGCAGCCUGUGAUGAUUUCGCUGUCCGCAAAGCGAGAGCAAACAAAAAAGCCAGUAGCCCCAAGCAGAAGUUUGUGCAUUUUGGGCCAGUAACUGAGAUAGAUCAGCAGAAGUGGGACAAGCUCAGUAUUGGCAAAGCUUCCUCCAGGAGUAAAAAAGAAGAGGAAAACAAGAAGGAUGUUGUGGACACUCACACUGAUACUGGGAGUUCUUCUCCAACCACUGUUGACAUUUCCCAAUCUGCUGGAGACAGUGAGGAAGUCUGUAGGCCACAGAAUGAUUCCAGUGAGGUAGCAAGGUCAGGUGCAGAUGAGCAUAGCAGGAGGACAUUAUCACCUGUCCCAGCUAUUUCUGUGGCCUCUGAGAAGCAAACCCAACACAGUUUGAACAAACAGCAGGAAAGCACUGAGGAAGAGUGCAACGGGCCUUUACCUGACAUUGAGAGAGAUGACAUGUUGGUUAGAAGGAUGGGAACUUUUCAGAGACGUGUCACUAGCGCUGUUCAUGUACCUUGUCCUCCCCCAUCAGUUGCUCCUCAUGUGCUGCAGCAGCAGCACGGGGAGGCAAUAGCUCGUGAGAAGGAUUUGAAGACUCCACGGGAAGCAGAAAGUACUGAAAGCAGAGAGGAGAGCCAAGAACAGCUUGAAAUCCCUCAUCAGCAGAGUGAUGGAACAGAAAACAAAGUGAAAUUUCCAGACCCACAAAGAGAUGACAUGUUGGCCAGGAGAACUGGAGCUUUUCUAAGGCAGUCUGGGCCCAGUGUUAAACAAUUCCUUCCCAUGCCAUUUUCCAAGCAGCAGAGUAAGCAGGGCACAACUAGAGAACUUGACAAGAAAACCAAGAGGCCUGAAAAAUAUCCACAAGUCUGCAAUAAUAGCUCUGGAAAACUUGCAACGCAACCUCAGCAAGAACAGCAGCAAGAGCAGGAAAGAUGCGAUCUCCCUCCUGUGGGACAAAAUGAUAUUAUUUCUACUGCCCAAAUGGGUGAUCAUAGCCUUAACGAAGUCCCCCCGGAUCAAACAUCAAAUCUGCAGGAGGUUUCUGAGGAAAAUAAAAAUGAAACAUUGUCAUCCGAGAAUGAACAUCUGCAAACAUUCGGCCCCAGAACUGCUGUGUCUGAUGACGCAGAGAGCGUGAGCAUGUUUGACAUGAGGUGUGAAGACGAAGCCGUGACGCAGCCUCAUAGCAAAGCUCGCCAUGAAAAACUGCAGAACAUACACAACCAACUCAAAGAGGAUGAGACUAGAUGGCAAGACGACCUUGCUCGGUGGAAGAGUCGCCGACGGAGUGCUUCACAGGAUUUAAUAAAGAAGGAAGCAGAGAGAAAGAAAAUGGAAAGGUUGUUGUCUGGAGAGGGAACAAACGAGCGAAGAAAAAGCAUCAAAACCUACCGAGAAAUUGUGGAGGAGAAAGAGAGGCGAGAGAGGGAGCUGCAUGAGGCGUACAAGAACGCGAAGUCUCAGGAGGAAGCCGAGAGCAUCCUCCAGCAGUACAUCGAAAGGUUCACCAUUAGUGAAGCUGUCCUUGAGCGUCUGCAGAUGCCAAAAAUUCUGGAGAGAAGCCAUUCAGUGGAGCCAGAUUCCCCACUGAAAGACCCAAAUCCUCUAAGAUACUUAAGGCAGCAAUCGCUGCCUGCUCCAAAAUUCACUGCCACCAUUGAAGCGACCAUUAUUCCACCCACUGAAUUAGAGCCCAGUGGUUCGACGGGCCGCACAUCUCCGAGCAAAACUGUUGUCUCCAAGGCUGUGCCUAUGCUGACACCUAAGCCUUACUCACAACCCAAAAAUACACAGCAAGUUUUAAAAAAUUUUAAGGUAGAUGGAAAAGUCAGCAUGAAUGGAGAGAAUGUCAACGGAGUAGAAGAGAAGGAUAAAGAGUGCACGACAGUAGUAUUUACUCCUUCACCAAGCAGAUCUCUGAAAUUUGAUGGAGUAGCCAGAGGGGACAGGUCCCCAGUCGAGUUGAAGAAGGACCCCACAAGCACUGAGCUCGGCUUACAGAGGCCUGCCAUUCAGAGCAUGCACAAAGAGCCAACAGCCUCUUCAGUGGAAGAAGACACACCAGGGGCUGGCUCUGGAAGUGCAGGACCUGUGAGCCUGGUGUGCGCUUCCCCAGUUUCAGAUCAGAAGCAGUUUGAGUCAACUGCAGCUUGUGCCAGCCCUAUCGUGACCACCUUAGAGUUACCCGCCAGCCCUAUCCCUUUGGAAGAAGCUGCUUCCAGUGAGAAGGAUGUGAAGAAACCUGAAAAGGAACCACAGGAGGAGACCCAGCUCCCUGCUGCGCAGGAGGUAAUGAAGCCAAAAGCCCUGGAGCCAGAGGGGAGUGUAGUACUCCCCUUUUUAAAGAAACUACCUGAGACCAGCCAAGUUUCUCUGCACAAUUCUGAUCUACAAGCUGAUUCUGAUAGUGGUGACAAAUCAAAUCGUUUCAAUUUCUGGUCCUGGGAUCCAGAAGAAGAGCGAAAGCGACAGGAAAGGUGGCAACAUGAGCAAGAACGCUUGCUUCAGGAGAAGUACCAGAGGGAGCAGGACAAGCUGAAAGAGGAAUGGGAGAAGGCACAAAAAGAAGUUGAAGAGGAGGAACGUAGAUACUAUGAGGAGGAACGUAAGAUAAUUGAAGAUACGGUGGUUCCAUUCAUUGUGUCUUCAAACUCUGCUGAAUUCCUCUCCUCCUCUUCAUCUGCUACUGAAGGAAGCAAGACAGUGAACUCCACUGAUUCCAACAAUUCUCCAGAGGAAGGCAAACAACAAGAAGCUACAAGGCAGAAAAAAAUGCUUUGGGAGCAGGACAGUAUGCCAUCUCUGAAAAGCAAAGAAAAUGAACUCCAGCAAGAAAAGAAUAGCAGUGUAAAUAAAGUGCUCUCAGGACAUCCAGAGACAGGUAUCCUGAAAGGAAGUGAGCAGGAGCACCAGCUGCCUGUGCCGGAACGCCACUCAUCUGCCCGGCUAAAUCUACCACUAACUCAGGAGGUCUCGUGGAGCCAGCAGGCACUGACCAAGCCGUCCCCGCAGCGCGCGGAUGACACGAGGCUGAGGACGUCCCCCACUCAGGGUGUGGGUCCCCAGGCGAACUCCACGGGGGAGAAAAGGAGGGCAGCCUGUCAUGAGAAUUUCCGCCCUGGGCCAUCAUCUCCCUGUUCUCCUGCUGCUCCAAGCUACUCACCCAACAGGUCUGUCAGUGGGAAGAAGCUUUGUUCCACCUGUGGUCUUCCCCUUGGAAAAGGAGCUGCCAUGAUUAUCGAAACACUCGGUCUUUACUUCCACAUUCAGUGCUUCAGGUGUGGCAUUUGCAAGGGACAGCUGGGAGAUGCAGCAAGUGGGACAGAUGUCAGGAUUAGAAACGGUCUUUUGAAUUGCAAUGAUUGUUAUAUCCGAUCCAGAACUGCUGGGCAGCCGACUACGUUGUGACAUGACUCUGAGGCUAAUGACUUGCCAGAAGGAACUCUCCUCUCAUGUGUCUCGGCUGCCUCCAGACAAUCACUUGUUAGAGCUUGGAACCACGGACGUCAUAGCUCUCAUCUCAUCUGGAAAAGCUCAUAUGAAAACGCUACAUCUGCUCCUUUAAAAUGCAAUAUGUUUUUUUUCCCCCCUUUCUUAAGAAAUUUGCAAAAUAUGUAUGAUGGUAUAUGGUAAGGUAUAGCCUAAGUACUAUUAAAAAAAAAAAUCCCACCUUUUCAGGUAUGUUUAUGAUAUCCAGUCUGUUACUUGGUUCUUUUAAAGGUAAUAAGAAAAUUAAAAUGCAAUAAACUUGUUUUGUUUUAAUCUUUCUAGGAAUUAAAGUUUUAAGUUUACAGAGCCUUUAUAGAAUAUGCCAACUGGAGAUGAGAAGUAAUUUUAAGAUAGUAUCUAAUCAGUGCAUUUGAGAAAACUAAACACCACAGCACAUGACUUCUCUGUUAUAACUGAAGCUAUAACUUUUUUUAUACAGAGACUAGUUUGAUAAUACAUCCUGUAAUUCUGAAACAUUUUAUGUUUAUUUUACCUUCAGUGGAGGGUAGGAGUUAUACAAAUAAAUUAUUGCACCUUUAGCGAUAGGAAUUUUUGUUUGUGUACCUCAUGUAAUGUUCAUGACYAUAGCUUAAUAUUCUGUCAAAUAAAGAUUUCUUCAUUAAACCUAAAGACUCUAUACCAUUAGCGACUGCGGAAUUCCCAUCAGGAGCACUCCUACUUGAUAAAAUCCAUAUCUUGAUUUGAUGAAAGGGUGACGUGGGAGA